AUGUCUAUAUAUCCAUAUACGAUUCGGUACACACACGACUUUGUUGAGCCAGCCAAUGGGAGCUUUGCAGACAUUGAGAUGCUUGAGAUCCCAGAUGACGCAAGCAGCGUAUCAUCGAUGACCGAAGGAGUCUCUUCUUCUGAAGCAUCAACGAAUGAGUUUGAGUUAUUCCAUUCGUUUAUUCCACAAGUUGAUCUUAAUGAAUGGCUUGACUCUGAAGAUGCUCUGCUAGACUAUGAGUUCCAGGAUUCUAUUUAUACACGGAGCUUAGAGCCUUUGAACAAGUUUUCAGAAGCAUAUAUUGAAUAUGUCAAUCUGCAAUAUAAAAUCUUAGAUCAAAUGUCACAGUUUUCCCUUUUACCCACAGAUGAUCCCGACCAACAAGAUGAACCAAUGGGAGUUGUUUUAGCCACUUACAAUAAGAAGGCUACAGACAAUUUUACAGAUGAUUCUCCAACUAUAGAUGAUGCCUUCACCAAGUUCACCCAUAAUGUAAAGGAUUUUAUUGGUGCCAAUGAAGAUGUUGACGUGGACAUCGAUAGAUUCUGUUGCAUUGGCAGCAUUUUAGACUGUUUGCGAGCCAAUUACUUUUAUACUGAUACAGCACUCAAACCAACUUUGAUUUCCAAUUGGGUCAAUUGGUAUGACGAACAACCAGAUCAAGAUAUCGCCGAUGAAGUUGUUAUCAAUACUCCAAAACCAUAUUUACAUCCUCUUUUUUGGAGCAAGUAUCUUGCAAAGCUUUUGGUUCGUGGAUUGACUCCACAAGCCGUGGAAGCCUUGAACCAAUCAUUGGUAGAGGAAACCAAAGAUUCAGAUCCAGUAUUCUAUCAAGUUGUGGUUGAUUUUAAAGUACUUUUAGAAACCUAUUCCACUUUAGCAUUGAAAGGAGAAUUCACCAAGUGGAAGUAUCUGUGCAGUGAGUUUAGAGAUAUGAUCCCGAAAUUGAAAAGUGAAAUCAAAGAGAAGACAAAUAGUGAUUUAUUGGAUCAAAUAUUAGAUCUUUUAAGAGUCAUUACUGGGUUUUCAAUCACUAUUGAAAAAUACUGUGAAAAUUGGUACGAGUAUUAUCUUUGCUUAAGCUUAUACAAGAUUAGAGAUGAUGAACUGAUAUACAAAGAGUACUAUGAGGAAGCAAUUCAAAGAUUCCCACCCAGUGUUUUGGAUCCUUUAGAUUAUUCAUCUGUUUCUGAAAAUUGUUUCAGUGAUAUCUUGAGUGGGAACAUGAUUAAAGUAUUAAAUACCAUUAAUCGAUUAGACCCCACUACUACGGCAUAUGUUUCAAGAUUUCUUGAGAUAAAGGGGUUACUUCAACCUUAUUAUUCACCAUUAAAAACCAUUACAAACGCCGAUAAAACCAUCAGCGAAUAUUUCUUAAGUUGUCAUGCUUAUGAUUGUCUCAGUGUUCAAGGACUUUAUCCCGUAGGAUUUGGAAUAUUAUUGAAUCAUAAUAUUUUCAAGAACGAAGAGCGAAGAUACCAGAACGAACAAACGAUUGCAUCUGUUUUAACCAAAUUAGAUUUCAAAACCAACGACGAUUUGGAAUGGGCAUUAACUGUGUGUGCCAAGUUACAUUUAAGAUCAACAGCCAAACAUAUUUAUUUGAAAUAUGGUAAGAAAUCUCUUGAAGAUGGAUUCAUUUUCGAGAGUUUGAACAUGUUUGUUAAAUGCUAUGAUCCUUAUGAUAUGAAGAACGUUGAAGGGAUAAAAGAGAUCCACACCAUUGUAUGGGAUUUAAUAUUCCAAGACAGUUUAUUAAACAAUAGACCCGUUAAAGAUGAAUUGAUUAAUAAUGUGGUUAAGCAUGAAGCUGAAUUUGAAAUCCAUCCUAUUAUCAAUCAAUGCAUAUCACCUUAUGGAGUGUUAUAUGAAUUUUUCAAUAGUUUCCAAGGUACGUUAUAUGGUGAAAAUUAUAGUGUUAAGCAUAAAUUGUCGAGGUUAAUUCAUUUAUUGAAGUUUCAAUUCAUGCCCAAAAAGUUUAUACCACUUUUAUUAGCUCAAACUCUACCAUUUUUCAUUGAUAAAAGGUAUCAGUUUGAACUUCCAGAUUUGGUAAUCAUAAUUGAACUUAUUGAUACCUUUGACCUCAGUGCUAGUGCAUUGGAAAAGUCUCAAGGUGAAGAGUUGUAUCUCUAUUCAAUUGAUAACAUUGAAUCAGAUACCGAGCCAUAUGAUUGGAGAACCAUAUUGAGGAGUCAACAGAUUGAAAUACCGAAGACUUUAAAAGAGUUUAUUAUCUUAUUAAGAAACUAUAUUACUGUUCAUGUUGGAGAGAAUUUCAUAACCAAUAGAUUUGUAUAA